AUGGAGCACACAGCUGUAUAUCCCUCUGAUGCGCCCACGCGCAGCAGUCACUCUGCCGCCUCCUCAGUCAGUCAGUCCUCGCCCACUCAAUCACUGUUCUCGAAAGGCCAUUCUUCGCGAGGCUCCGGUUCUUCGAUCGCGUCCUCGCCUGUUCCGCGAGACUCGCUCGACAUGUUCGGCGCGGCGAAAAGACUGGAGGACGUCACAGAAGAGCCCCAUGAGAAGGACGAGUUUGACGGCUACACCCUGGUCAAUGACGGGACAUGUGACUGGAGUUAUUACGACAAGGCUCUCUCCAAUGACUACGGUCACCCGUCCCCUACCACGACUCCUGCAGACCCGGUUUGGAGCUUGGGCGAAACCGAUAACUGGUUGCUUAGCCCGGGGCGCCGUCAGCCAAAGAGAAGGAGGUCGAUGGAGCAACCACUCACGAGUCACGGCAAUCGCUUGGGCGGCAGGUUCAGUUCUCUGUCACGACGGUGGAAGAAUCGAUCUGCUGCCGGUCCUCAACUGUCGAUCGUCACGCACCACAGCUCACCUGCUUCUCGCUCAGGAUCCCUGGGCUCUUCACAAGUACGAAGUCCGGCUCUCAGUGCCAUUUCCAAGCACGAGGGUGGACUGCCUUCAUCGCCGACCUUGCCGUACGUGAAUGACUGCUCAUUCUCAGCUGAGGCCGCGCCUAUAGACAUUGUGCGAAGACCAGAGGAGGACGUGGCAGAGCCAGGGCAAGCCACAACGCCUCUGCUCCCACCUCUUCUUUCCGAGCUUGGCAAGAAAGACGAGCCCAUCCAUUCACCACUCCAGUCACCUGCGAUUGCUCCCACCACGGCACUAGUGACCUCCCUGCCGUCUCUGGAUACGCCCCUGUCAUGUCUGCCGUCGCCUCCCCUGUCCACGAGACCCUCGAUGGUUUCGAUGCACAGCAGGUCCCGCACAAACACCCUGACGAACUCUCCCUUUUGCGACAUUCCUUCGAUGCAACUCCUCGAGGAUGCUUCCGACCCAUGGGAUGCAAGACUUGGUCACGCCAACUUCACGAUCCACCCGGAGCCAUAUGUCCCCGACGUGUUCGACCUGGACUCGUACACCGAAUACCGUAAAAACUGGGAUCAAGCCCGGACGAAUUAUGCGAAGCAUAUCGCCAGAACUGUCGAGCAUUAUGGGUCUACCUCCAAAGUCUACAAGUUGACCGAGGAAAAAUGGGCUUCUAUCGACAAUGUCUGGCAACGGCAACAUGAUCUCAUGAGAACUGCCAUGGCUCCCGUUCUCGCUCGCUUGAGCGACGGGGACUCGGAGAUGCAGGACUCGACUGCAUCUAGCGCCGUCCUCGAGAAGCCAUUGACCAAGCUGGUUGUUCCUCUCAUUGACGACAAAAGCGGCAAAUUUCCAGAGCUCGGCGACGGCGAGAUCGUCGGACCUAUGUCUGUUGCUCGGCCACGGAUUCUCACCACUGACCACGACAAGAACCUCGGAGCAAAGAGUCCACCUCUGUCACCUCACAAGCGCAAUCUGAUCAGAUUCCUCUCAGACAUUUUUCAUAACUGA